UGACACAGGCGCUCGAGCGGAUUGUGAUUGGGUAGCUGACAGAAAAACAGGUUACGCCAUAUUGUCAGCUACCGAAGACAGCGCAAAUGUUCUUUACAAAAUGAACAAAUAGCUUACUUUGUAAACUCAAAGAUGGACCACACUGGGACAAUGGAAGGCGGACCUGUGAAGGAUUGCUCUGCCACGCAGGGGUCUGAUGUCUGUCUGCGAAGUCGACCAUGCUCCUCCGAGAGAGACAGUCAGGUGCGGGCUGUCAAAGCCGCUCUGCAGUCCCGGUUGGGGCCCUAUGAGCCAGUCCUGACCUAUCUACAGUCCGUCCUCCUGUGGGAAAGACCCUUUCAGUGUGUGCUUCUCUACAUCGUGGUAAACAUUGUGUUCUGGUUCUUUGCCCUGACCUCACUGCGCCUGCUCUUCCUGCUAGCUACUCUUCUGGCUGUGGCUGUCUGUGUUGAUACCUGGAGGAAUAAGAUCUGGCCUGAGAUUAAAGUCAAAAACCAAGACGAAUCAGAGAAUGAGAGCUGGGGUCUGGUGCAGCCUGGCAUUGUCAGUGUGCCUGAACUCUGCCACCACAUCGCUGAGGCCUGGGUCAGUACAGCAGUGCUCACAUGCAGUGUGCUGCAGUACAAACAACAGAACCCUGGCAAGUUCUGCAUCCUGACCUGUGGAGUGUUCACCUGUUUGGCUGUGGUUGGACGAUAUAUUCCUGGACUGGUGCUCUCCUACUCUGCUGUGUUGGCCACUCUGCUGGCCCCUCUGGGAGUCUAUCAUAGGAUCUUUCAGCAUGUGUGUGUGAAGCUGGAGCCGGCUCUGCAGCGGCUAGACUUCAGUGUUCGUGGAUACAUGAUGUCAAAGCCUAUUGAUAAUCAGUUUCUUCGGAGGCCGAUUCAUGGUGCAGCCUCAGGUGAAGCCAGUGACAGUGAGGAGGAGCUGGCUGCCUUCUGCCCAACAUUUGAUGAUGCUGUUGUUGCGAAGGAACUCGCUCUAACUGACUCUGAGCACUCUGACGCUGAGGUUUCCUACACUGAAAAUGGAACAUUUAACCUAUCGCGUGGCCAGACGCCACUCACAGAGGGCUCCGAGGAUCUUGACAGACACAGUGACGCUGAAGAAUCCUUUGCUCAAGACCUCCCUGACUUCCCUUCGAUAAACCCUGAUGCCACUCUGAUGGAUGAUGAUGACGACACAAGCAUAGGUCUACCUAGCCUGGGUCAAUCUGGGCUAGCUAGUCAUCGGGCAUCAGUACUGGAUGCUCAUCUGGACUCAGACCAGGACGAUCUGGAUGCAGAACUGUCCCUUAGCGGCCUGCCGCCUGCUUCUGAUUUUUCUGGAGACCUUGCAGGAGUCAUCGCCAGUAACAUGAUUCAAGCGGCGCUGGCUGGUGCAUUGCAACCUCGGCGUCCUGCCCAGCGCAGAGACGGCCCUCCCAGGGCCGGGGCUCACCGGAGCUAUCGCAAGCAGUCCAGCUCUGAGCUGGACACUGACUUGGAUGUGGAGGACUUUGAAAUGCUUGAUCAGUCUGAACUGAACCAGAUGGAUCCUCUUGGAGGAGGAGGGGGCAGUAGACGGGGAGAGAGCCAGGGGUCUAACUUUUUGUCUAGCUUUCUGGGUAAACCACAGUGAGGUGUGCAUGUGUGCAUAUGUGUGGUUAUGUGUCUGAGACAGAGAAAGAGAGAGUGUGUGUGUGUGUGUGUUUACAUGUUGGCGAGCUAUGAGUGUGAAUAGUGGAAGUUGAUUUAGGUUCCAGCAGCCCUGCUUCCGAUUGGCUUCAGUUGAUCACUGUGAAGUUCUUCAUUUUUUCUAUCUUUUCAGAAUCUUUUUUUCUAGGACUUUGAAACUUGAUCAUCCAGAAACCUUUUACUUUGUAAGCUGAGCAAUAGGAAGUGCAUCAACACAAGUACGACAUUCAUACAUCAAGGAAACCAGCAUAAUUGAGCCUCAAUAGAUUCUUGUAAUUUUGUGCACCCGUAAAUUACAAGGGUUCUUGUUAGAUAAAAACAGCAGUGCCCAUACAAUCUUGUCUACCUGGAAGUCUACACAUACAGGGCUAUACAACAUGGGACCAAAUAUGACAUUCCUGUUGGUGGAGCUGAGCCAUGUUGCUUUGAAAAUGAGAUCAUGAAACGGAACUGAGAAUUAUUUUUACAUCACAACAUUUAAAACAGCAGUUCAUGUUACUGUUAUUCCCUCUGCUGUCCUUUCAAUAACAUGGGUUAUGAUCUGUUAGAAGAUGACUUAUUUAAAGUUACAGGUUUACAGAAAGCUGCUGUGGGUUUGGACAGCCUCCUAUGAUAGAGAUGAAUCAUAUUUGGAUAGGGAUUUCAUUAGCUGCUCUUUGGUAGCUGUUGUGUGGGAGUUUUGUUUCAAUCAAAGAAUGUCACAUUACAGUCUUAAGUUACCGGACUCGGAGGAGAAAUACAUGAUGUUAUGUUUGUUUAUUGUUGUAUUUAUUGACUUGUGCCCCUAGGUGAGGUUUGCAUCUUUUUCUGUGUGAACAACCUUAGAUUGUUUUUCAUUUUCCUGCCCUUUAACUACAAAUAAAAAGCAUAAUAUGUCUGUUCUUAAACAUUGGAGUAGUCCACAGCUUUUAGUGUUUAAUUUAUUUUCUUUUUCCAGAAAUAAUGGUGAAACAUUUUGUUUUGUCUUUUACCAUCUCUGUAUUACAUAUAGUUAAUGGCCAUGCUGACCUUUUUAAGUGAAAAUGAAUCAUUUCUGGAUUGUUUUGCUAUUAUGAUGGGGACUUACGUUUACAAACAAAUUGGGUAAAGAUAGUUCUCCUUGUAUCCUAUGUUAAAGGGUUGUAUAUGUAAAGGUUUAGUGGCUUUUGUGUGCAGGUCAGUCUGACCUUUUGAUGGACAAACCAUGUCAAUAUGUGAAACCCAACAGUGGAAAUGGAACUUAGAACUUCUAAAAGCCACAGAUAACAUUUGUCAAGAUGGCCAUAUCAAGAAGUCCAAAAUGCUGGUGGUUUAAAUACGGAAAACACAUGGCUUAAAUGUGUGACUCUUAGAGAAACCCAUAGCUUCACAGAUUUAACGCCGAAAAAAAAAAACAGCUGGAUCCUCAUUUAUAAAGAUGAAGUACAAAAAAAAGUGCACUGAUAGGAAAUUGCUGGGAUUUGGAAGAUUUGCGACGAUGCUUAUAGCUUCACCAUGAGGGGCCAGUUUCUCUCUAUGAGUGAUCUGUAGUCAGUUUGACAAUGUCAUGUGCAUAGUUGUGUAUUUCCCUCUGUAUCUGGUUUUGCUAUGUUUUGAUGUGUAAAUCAUAAUGAAUAAAAUGUUUGCAAUUAAAUCUA